GAUGCUGCGCUGCGGCCUGGCCUGCGAGCGCUGCAGGUGGAUCCUGCCGCUGCUCCUGCUCAGCGCCAUCGCCUUCGAUAUCAUCGCGCUGACCGGCCGCGGCUGGUUGCAGUCGAACGAUGGAAGCCAGGCGUCCUCGCUGUGGUGGAGUUGCCCCCACGAGGGCGGCGGCACCGGGUCCGCCGCGGAAGGCUGCAUUAGCCUUAUGAACUACGCAUGGGCAAGAGCUGCAGCCGCCAUGCUCUUCUGUGGCUUCAUCAUCCUGGUCAUCUCUUUCAUCCUCUCGUUCUUUGCCCUUUGUGGACCCCAGAUGCUUGUCUUCCUGAGAGUGAUUGGAGGCCUGCUUGCCGUGGCUGCUGUGUUCCAGAUCAUCUCCCUGGUAAUUUACCCAGUGAAGUACACUCAAGAAUUCCAUCUUCACCUCAACGCCAGUGUCACCUACAUCUAUAACUGGGCCUAUGGCUUUGGCUGGGCAGCCACAAUCAUCCUCAUCGGUUGUGCCUUCUUCUUCUGCUGCCUCCCCAACUAUGAAGAUGACCUCCUGGGCAAUGCCAAGCCCAGAUACUUCUACACAUCUGCCUAACGUGGGGAAUGAGAGCAAAAGAGAAUCGCUGCUGCUGAGGUGGA